UUUCUUUCCAGGAUUUGGUAUUUGACAUUAUAUCACUGGAACUGUUGAUUUCGUUUGAGAAUUAGCAGAAUAAUUCCGCCAUGGCUGCAACCCUUCAUGCAUCUCCUAUGGUUUCGCCUUGCCCACCUUCAACUCCUACGAUCCACAAGGAAUUCAAAGCCAUGGCUAAAAACCCACAUAGUUUGCUACUUGAAAAUUGCAAAACCAUGAAGGAACUUCAACAACUGCACUGUGAUAUAAUGAAGAAUGGUCUCUGUCACAAAGCUUCUUACAUUAACAAGCUAAUUUCCGCUUGUGUCAAAAUGGGUACUUAUGAGAGCCUGUCCUAUGCUCGAAGUGCUAUCGAAUCCUUCAAUGAGGACCAAGGUACCAUCGGUUCGUUGUUCAUGUACAAUUCUUUGUUAAGAGGCUAUGCUUUUGGUGGGCUCUGUGACGAAGCAAUCCUCUUGUACAAUGAAAUUGUAGUCUUGGGCAUUGAGCCUGAUAAGUACACCUUCCCGUUUUUACUCAGUGCAUGCUCAAAAUCUAUGGCGAUUUCUGAGGGCAGUCAAGUUCAUGGGGUAGUUAUCAAGAUGGGUUUAGAGAAAGAUUUGUUUGUCAGGAACUCUUUGAUACAUCUGUAUGCGGAAUGUGGGGAGAUUGAGUUAGGACGAAAGGUGUUUGAUAAAAUGAUUGAGAGAAAUGUCGUGUCAUGGACUAGCUUGAUCAAUGGUUAUGCUGGGUGGGGCUUAGCAAAAGAGGCAGUUUCUCUGUUCUUUGAGAUGGUUGAGGCUGGUGUUGAGCCUAACUCGGUGACCAUGGCAUGUGUUAUUUCUGCUUGUGCAAAGUUGAAGGAUUUAGGAUUAGGUAAAAGAGUAUGUGCCUAUAUUGAUGAGUUGGAUGUGAAGUUUAAUACCCACAUGGUAAAUGCACUUGUUGAUAUGUACAUGAAGUGUGGAGAUAUAGGGGCUGCGGAGCAACUUUUUGAUCAAUGUGAUGAUAAAAAUUUGGUUCUCUACAACACUAUCAUUUCAAAUUAUAUUCACCAUGGGAUGGCCAGAGAAGCACAAGUAGUAAUCCAUGACAUGCUGCAACUAGGACUGAGACCAGAUAGGGUGACAUUGUUAUCAGCAAUUGCAGCCUGUGCACAGUUAGGUGAUCUGUCUGCAGGAAAAUCAUCCCAUGCUUAUGUCUUGAGGCAUGGCCUUGAAGGUUGGGACAGCAUAAGCAAUGCCAUUAUUGACAUGUAUAUGAAAUGUGGUGAAAAAGAAGCAGCUUGCAGAGUUUUUGAGCCUAUGCCAAACAAGACAGUGGUAUCAUGGAACACCUUAAUAGCAGGUUCUAUUAGAGAUGGUGAUUUGGAACUAGCUUGGAGAACCUUUGAUGAGCUACCAACGAGGGACCUUGUAUCCUGGAACACCAUGAUCGGUGCCUUGGUUCAGGAGGGCAUGUUUGAGGAAGCAAUUAAGCUAUUCCGUGAGAUGCAGAACAAUGGGAUGAAACCAGAUAGGGUGACAAUGGUGGGCAUUGCAUCUGCCUGUGGGUAUUUAGGAGCUUUCGAUCUUGCCAAGUGGGUCUAUACAUACAUUAGGAGAAAAAGCAUUGAUAUUGACUUGCAGCUAGGUACAGCUUUGGUUGAUAUGUUUUCAGGGUGUGGUGAUUCCAGAAGUGCUAUAAGUGUUUUCAGUAAAAUGGACAAACAAGAUGUGUCUGCUUGGACAGCUGCCAUUGGAGCAAUGGCUAUGGAGGGAAAUGCUGAAGGGGCUAUUGAGAGUUUUGACGAAAUGCUCAAACAAGGGGUGAAACCAGAUGAGGUUGUUUUUGUGGUACUAUUAACAGCAUGUAGUCAUGGCGGCUGUGUGUUGAAAGGGAGGCAAAUUUUUAAUUCAAUGAAGGAAACUCAUGGAAUCUGUCCUCAGGUUGUUCACUAUGGUUGCAUGGUUGAUUUACUCGGGAGAGCUGGGUUUCUCGAAGAAGCUCUUGAUCUUAUCCAACGUAUGCCAAUGGAACCUAAUGAUGUGAUCUGGGGCUCUCUUCUUGCUGCUUGCAGGAUUCACAAAAAUGUUGAAUUAGCACAAUAUGCAGCUGAUAAAAUAACUGAAUUGGCCCCUGAAAAACCAGGGGUUCAUGUGUUACUAUCAAACACGUAUGCGUUUGCAAGGAAAUGGGAUGACGUUGCGAAAGUUAGGCUGCAAUUGAAGGAAAAAGGGGUUCCGAAAUUGCCUGGAUUAAGUUCAAUACAGGUUAAUGGAAUGAUUCACGAAUUCAUAUCUGAUGAUCAAUCACACCCAGAAAAAUUAAACAUUGAUUUAAUGCUAAAGGAAAUAAAUUGCAAGCUAGGUGAGGCAGGGUAUGUUCCAGAUAUAACCAACGUCUUGAUAGAUGUUGAUUUAAGGGAGAAAGAGCAAUUGCUUAGUAGGCACAGUGAGAAACUAGCCAUGGCUUUUGGAUUGAUCACCACCAGUCCAGGUAUGCCUAUAAGGGUGAUUAAGAAUCUUAGGAUGUGCUCUGAUUGUCACUCAUUCGCAAAAUUAGUAUCAAAACUGUACAAAAGGGAAAUCACUGUCAGAGAUAAUAAUAGGUAUCACAUUUUCAAGCAAGGAUUUUGUUCUUGUGGAGAUUAUUGGUAACAGGGUUACAAAGAGGAUUUUUACCCCCAAAAAAAAAAAAAGAAAGGAUUAGAAAGAGGAGUUUUGAUAUCUGAUACUACAAUUCAACUGCCUGCGUGGCCAAUUUCAGCUAAAUAAGCACCAAGCCACACAGAGAACUAAGGGGAUCACGGAAGGAGAUGUUCUUUUGUUAUAGAAAAGAAAAAAUACAUAAAGAUUUUGCUAAAUCAUGGACAGCCAGCAAACAAAAUGGCUUCAGGAUUAG